AGUCUGACAGGCUCCUGCAGAGUUACAUCACUUCCUAAAAAUCAGGCAAACACCUCUCCUUCAAGUGAGCACCGACCUAAAGGGGCAGGAAACAGGAAAUGUGCGCGUUGGAGGGAGGCCGGGGCUUCGCAGCAUCCUGAGCGCGGGCAAGCCAGCUGACAUGACCCGGCCGUGCGCUGCCUUGGUCUUGGCCCUGGGGCUCGCGCUUGGUCACUCCAGCCAGGGAAAUGAGGAGGAGUCAGACUACUCAGGACAGAGCACCACUGAAGAAGAAAGCGCAGAGGACGAGACGACAAGUGCUUUGGCUACAGUGACCACAGAAGCAUUAGCUGCAGAUGUGAACUCUACCGACACCAACGGCACCUCCAAUCAGGCGGAAUUUCUGUUAAUGGUGGCAAUCCCCCUAGGAGCGCUGCUCAUCCUUCUAUUCGUGUUCCUCAUUGUAGCCUACUUUAAAAGCAAGAGACCUAAACAAGAGCCUUCUAGCCAAGGAUCUCAAAGUGCCUUACAGACACAUGAACUAGGAGGUGAAACCCUGAAAGUACCGAUCUUUGAAGAGGACACACCCUCUGUUAUGGAAAUAGAGAUGGAAGAGCUUGAUAAAUGGAUGAACAGCAUGAACAGAAACGCCGACUAUGAAUGUUUACCUACUUUGAAGGAAGAAAAGGAGCCAAACCUCAGCCCAAGUGACAGUGAAUCCUAAACCCAAGUGGUGUUGAUGUUUCCCAAGAGCACACUUCCCGAAGGCACCUGCCAGCCCACCAGGGGAGGAUGAAGAGGAGACUAGUUUAAUUAUUUUCAAAUCAGUGUAGACACAAGAACCUUUUAGUGUUUCUUCCACUGUCCCCUCUUCAGACGAUGGCAUCCCCUGGACUUGGAAGAAUGAGGGACUGAAGUCUUGGGAAGACCUGGUGCCCACCAGCCCAGUCAUGGUGAAGGAGACCUGUGUGGCGCUGGCUUCAGAUCUGUGGGUGUCCCUCCCCACUGCCUCCUCCUCACUUAUUCUGAUCUCCCUAAGAUGACAGCACUGGUUGCUUCACUUGCAAGGUUUGGAUCAGGAAGCUGGUCUUCUUCCGGGUCACCUUCCUGCCUAACAGGUUUGGAUAGUAUCCGCUCGAUAUUCAGUCUCUCAGGUCAACUCUAGUCAUCUGGAACUUUCUUCAAGGACAGUUGUGUUAUGGAAAACACGCCAAACAAAGCGGGUGUUUCAUAGCCACACCAUCCCAGGGAGUUGUUAAGCUUGUUCCUUACCUGCUAAGAAAACACAAGAAAGUCCACGGUUCUCAUGGGAGAUCCUUGCGUGACUCGUAGACUUGCACUCGGCCACAUCUCGGUCACCUUUGAAAACUUCGUAGGAGAAGUAGCCAUCUUUAAAGAGAGAAGCAACUUUUGUCUUAUCAGCUAAAGUCGCCUCUACUUGCAGCACCCCAAAGCUGCUGAUCUUGUUUCAAGCCACAGGCCUGGCCUGGGCCAUGCGGGCUUGGUAUACAUGCAGGUUGGAGUCAUCUGUCACCCUUCUGUAUCUUGGAGAUCUUCAAGACUGAGCAAGAAAGAUCUGUACCGUGGCAGCUCUGGUUCAGGGCACUUGGUGUCCCUCUGCACUCUACACCCAGCCUUCCCUGUAGGCUGGGAUGAGACUCCAAUCCUCAGCACUCUGGGAGGUGGCUAUCAGGCCAUCAGAAGUGACAUUCUACAUGAAAUUAGUUGAUAUCCAUGUUCUAAAAACAAUGGAGUAAAAAAUGCAGAAAACCCCACUAACCUCUCCUCCUCAAUAAAGCCAGUUCAUUUAA